AUCGAUACCCAGUCUUGUUGCGGUACGGACGAUAUAUUGAUCUCCAUGCUGACAUAUCGCCAAGAUUAUACACCAGAAGAAUACAAGAAGCUCCUCAAGAAAAUAGAUAGAUAUCUCCUACCGCUCAUGUGGGUAUGCUACGGUAUCCAGCAAGCGGAUAAGACAUCGUUGGGGACUCAGGCGCUUUUCGGGAUUCGGGAAGACACGAAUCUUGUGGGCCAGCAAUAUCAGUGGUUGACUACUAUUUUCUACAUCGCCUAUCUCUCCGGCGAACUCCCCUCCAACUUCCUCCUCCAACGAUGGGCCCUCGGUCGAACACUAAGUAUUUACAUGCUCUGCUGGGGAAUCUGCGUAAUCUGCAUCUCCGCCGCCCAAAACUGGGCCCAUCUAAUGAUCCUCCGCACCCUCCAAGGCUUCUUCGAGUGCACCAUCUCACCGGGCUUCAUCCUCGUAAUCGGGACCUGGUACCGCACAGUGGAGCACUCUUCCCGCUCUCUAUUCUUCCAGUCUGCUAAUGCAGGGUUUGGCGUGAUCGCCGAUCUGGUUAUGUAUGGGAUUGGGACGCAUGCAGAGAGGUAUGGGGGCAUUGCGGCGUGGAGGUGUAUUUCUUUGUUUUUGGGGGCGGCGACGAUUGUUGCGGCUUUGGUGUGUUUUGUGUUGUUGGGGAGUCCGAAGGAGGUGAGGUGGAUGAGUAAGGGGGAGAAGAGGAUGGCUGCUGCGAGAAUCAUCAGUAACAAGGCUGGUCGAGAUGUCACUGGCACAAAGUGGAAUUGGGAUCAGGUUGUGGAGGCGCUCAAGGACCCUGUGCUGUAUUUCUCGACGCUCAAUGCUUUCUUGAGCUCUGUUCCAAACGGUGGCAUCACCACCUUUGGUUCCUUGAUGUACAAAUCAUUCGGCUUCACACAACUCCAAGUCCUCCUCGUUGGAAUCCCACGCUCAGUCAUGUCUCUAAUAAUCUUCCUCAUCGUCGGAAUCUACACCCGCAAAGUCCCCAACAGACGCAUGUACAUCAUGGCUCUCUCCACCCUCCCCCCCUUCAUCGGGCUCCUCUCGCUCUCCCUCCUCCCCUCCUCCCCUUCCCUCAAAUGGACAAAAUGGGGCCUCUACUUCAUGACCGUGCCCACAGUGCUCUCUCUCUUCCUAGCCUGGACACUCAUCCCCUCCAAUAUCUCAGGCCGCACCAAAAAGACGAUCAUCUCCUCAAGUACAUUCCUAGGAUACUGUGUGGGUAACAUGUGCGGUAGUCAGAUCUUCAGGACGGAGGAUGCCCCGCAGUAUAUCCCUGGUACGAUUGGAGCGAGUAUAUGUUUGGGGAUGGAGUUUGUGUGUAUUUGUGCGUGGAGGGGUUGGUAUAUGUGGCAGAAUGGGAAGCGGGAGAGGAUGGCGAGGCAGAGUGGAGUGAGUGCCGAGGAGAUGGAGAGGUUGGGGAGGGAGAUGGGAGAGAGGGAUGUGACAGAUAUGAAGAAUCCGUAUUUUAGUUAUUCGUUGUGAUGGUGGGUGUUGUGCCUGAGGGAUGAGGUGGGGUAUCGGAUUCCUGGCUAGAAACAUAUGGUCGGUAAGAGUCCAUCGAAGAGAGGCACUGAAAAUUCUAGUAGACAAACGCCUCAUAUAAAUUUUGCAAAGUAGAAAACGUCGCCAAGUCGAUGGUUUCUCUCACAGAAACGGGCCUGUUACAUUGAGCUUAGGGAGUGGCAGCUCAGUAUGCUGCCAUCAGCACGCCAGUUCCUUUCGAAACAA